UACAGAGAAGCGCAGCGAGAACGCGCGUCAGACCCAGAUCAGACAGCAGGUCGGUCUGUGAGCAGCGGGGACGGACCUUAGACCAGCAGACAGGACUCUUUGAGGGGUUGGUUUUUUGUGUGUGGCGGUGUUUUCUCCUCCUGUGGACUAACCGUGAAGGGGAACUUUUACUCUAACCACACCGGGGGACCGAGAGGGUCAGAACAGGCAGUCCACCAUGACGGGGAGCAGGGAGGAGGAGAGGAGGAAACUGGCCGACAUCAUCAACCACUGGAACGCCAACCGGCUCGACCUGUUCGAGAUCAGCCGGCCCACAGAGGACUUGGAGUUCCAUGGCGUGAUGCGCUUCUACUUCCAGGACCGGGUCGCCGGUAACUUCGCCACCAAGUGCAUCAGAGUGUCAAGCACGGCGACCACACAGGAUGUCAUCGAGACGUUAGCGGAGAAGUUCAGACCCGACAUGAGGAUGCUCUCCUCGCCGAAGUACUCCCUGUACGAGGUCCACGUCAGCGGCGAAGAGCGUCAGCUGGACCUGGACGAGAAGCCUCUCGUAGUUCAGCUGAACUGGAACAAAGACGACAGAGAAGGACGCUUUGUCCUGAAGAACGAGAACGACAUCCUCCCCAAGAAGAGUCAGAGUAAUGGUCCGGAGAAGGAGAAGGACGGAGUGAUCCAGAACUUCAAGAGAACUUUGUCCAAGAAGGAGAAGAAGAAGGAAAAGAAGAGAGAGAAGGAGUUCGCCCGGAUCCCUGAUGGAGACGAGCAGGGGCUCAACAGGGAGGACGGUGAAAACAGUCGUCUGGCUGCAGAGGUGUACAAGGACAUGCCAGAAACCAGCUUCACGCGGACUAUCUCCAACCCGGAGGUGGUGAUGAAGAGGAGGCGCCAGCAGAAACUGGAGAAACGGAUGCAGGAGUUCAUGAGCAGCGAUGGGAGGCCAGACUCAGGAGGAACUUUGCGGAUAUACGCCGACAGUCUGAAGCCAAACAUCCCGUACAAAACCAUCCUGCUCUCCACCAGAGACACGGCCGACUUCGCCGUAGUGGAGGCGCUGGAGAAGUACGGGCUGGAGAAGGAGAACCCCAGAGAGUACUGCAUCGCACGGCAAGAUGACAAGUCAGGCAAGGAGGCGAUCCUGGACGACUUAGAGUGUCCCCUGCAGAUCUUCAGGGACUGGCCUGCAGACAGAGGUGCACUAGUGUUCCAGCUGAAGAAGAGACCGCCAGACUACCAGGGGAGGAAGGGAAGGAAAAUGGAGGAGAAGGGCCUGAGGAGAGACGGGAGCAGCAGCUCACUGCCGCCUGAGAAACUGCCUUACCUUGUGGAGCUGAGCCCAGGGCGAGGGAAUCACUAUGCCUACUACGCCUAUCGGCACCACGAAGACGGGUCUGACUCCCGGGACAAACCAAAGCUGUACAGACUUCAGCACAGCAUCACUGAGGUCGGAUCAGACUGCACAGAGGACGGGGCCAUCCAGCUGCUCGGUCCAGGGAUCUUGCCCCACCACUGCAACCUCAUGCACACCGAAGGCAUGGUGACGGUGACGCCGCACGGCCCGGACGCCGACACCUUCGUCGACGGGCAGCGAGUCACCGAGACGACGGUGCUGCGUUCAGGCUCCACCAUCCAGUUCGGUUCUGCGCACGUCUUCAAGUUCGUGGACCCGAUGUUCGACCAGGGCGGGAAGAGAGAACCGGCGGCCAUGAUGAGAAGCCGACACAAGUCUGGCAGCGUACCAGAAACCACCUUCGACCUUCACGGAGACAUCCACAGUGGAGCUGCCCUGCCUACCAGCAAGAGCUCAGGAAAGCUGGAGAUGGAGCGAGGCAUGGUCAAACCCAUGAUCAGAGGAGAGCAGCUGGACAGCAGGUCUCAGGACGUUGCGGCAGACAGAUCCGAGUUGACUCUACCGGCCGGCAUCGAGUUCAGAGACAACUCUGAAGACACCUUCCUGUCAGCCAUCAUCAACUACACCAACAGCUCCACGGUCCACUUCAAACUGUCGCCCACCUACGUCCUGUACAUGGCCUGUCGAUACAUCAUGUCGCCUACCUACCGGCCUGACAUGUCGCCUUCUGAGAGGACGCACAAAGUCAUCGCCAUCGUCAACAAGAUGGUGAGCAUGAUGGAAGGCGUCAUCCAGGAGAUUCCUGAAGGGGAUCAGAAGCAGAAGAACAUCGCGGGAGCUCUGGCCUUCUGGAUGGCCAACGCUUCCGAGCUGCUCAACUUCAUCAAGCAGGACCGAGACCUGAACCGCAUCACGCUGGACGCACAGGACAUCCUCGCCCACCUGGUCCAGAUGGCGUUCAAGUACCUGGUCCACUGUCUGCAGGCCGAUCUGAACAACUACAUGCCGGCUUUCCUGGACGACCCCGAGGAACACAAUCCACAGAGACCCAAGAUCGAGGACGUCCUGCACACGCUCACCGGAGCGAUGUCGUUGCUGCGACGGUGUCGAGUCAACGCCGCUCUCACCAUCCAGCUCUUCUCGCAGCUCUUCCACUUCAUCAACAUGUGGCUCUUCAACAAGCUGGUGACCGACACGGAUUCGGGGCUCUGCUGUCAUUACUGGGGCGCCAUCCUCCGUCAGCAGCUCAGCCACAUCGAGGCCUGGGCGGAGAAACAGGGGCUGGAGCUCGCCGCUGACUGCCACCUCAGCCGGAUCGUACAGGCCACCACCCUGCUCACCAUGGACAAGUACUCCAUGCAGGACGUGCAGAACAUCCACAACACCUGCUUCAAGCUCAACUCCCUGCAGCUCCACGCCCUCAUGACCAACUACCACUGUGCUCCCGACGAGCCGUACAUCCCACCCGAGUUGAUAGACCACGUGGUGGCGGUGGCGGAGAACACGGCCGAUGAGCUGGCGAGGAGUGACGGCAGAGAGGUGCAGCUGGAGGAGGAUCCCGACCUCCAGCUGCCCUUCCUCCUUCCUGAAGACGGAUACUCGUGCGACGUGGUGCGAAGCCUCCCCAACGGCCUGCAGGACUUCCUCGAGCCGCUGCUGCAGAGAGGUUUCUGUCGGUUAGUACCUCACCCUCGCUCUCCUGGUACCUGGACCGUCCACUUCGAGGGAGCCGACUGUGACAGCCACUUCUCUGCUGCUGACAGCUCUGAAAUGCCAAUGAGGAAAGACCCGGAGGUUGUCACAGUGACCCUGAAGAAGCACAAUGGCAUGGGCCUCAGCAUCGUGGCUGCCAAGGGUGCCGGUCAGGAGAAACUGGGCAUCUACAUCAAGUCUGUUGUCAAAGGCGGAGCGGCUGAUGUGGACGGGCGUUUGGCGGCAGGAGACCAGCUGCUGAGCGUGGACGGACGCAGUCUGGUCGGCCUAUCACAGGAGAGGGCGGCUGAGCUGAUGACGAGGACGGGAUCAGUCGUCACUCUGGAGGUCGCCAAGCAGGGAGCCAUUUACCACGGCCUGGCCACGCUCCUCAACCAGCCCAGUCCUCUGAUGCAGAGAGCGUCAGACAGAGGCCGAGACAAAAACGGGAAGCUGCGACCAAAGAGUGAAGGCUUCGAGUUGUACAACAGCUCGGUGCAGAACGGCUCACCUGAGAGUCCGCAGGCCGGCUGGGACUCUUACCCCGAACCAAAGAAGAUGAGCGGAGAGGACCGACUGCUGAAGAACCGAGCAGACCACCGCUCCAGCCCUAACGUAGCCAAUCAGGGUCAGAGUCCUGCGAGUAAAGCUGUGUACCCCGGAGGACCUGGCACUAAGAUCACCUCUGUGUCCACUGGGAACCUGUGUGCAGACGACGAGCCCUCCCCUCCCCGCCCAGAGGCCUACCCCAUCCCCACACAGACCUACCCCAGAGAGUACUUCACCAUCCCGGCAUCCAAGAGCACGGAUCGGGUCGUGGGACCGGGGCAGGUGCCUCCUCAGCACUGGCAGGGCAUGGAGGACAGAGAACGCCUCCCUGUGGUCGACAACAUCCACAACAGCAUGCAGAGGGUUAACCACUCACAGGAGGACUUGUACCCGCCACCAGGAGUUAUGAGACCAGAUGAGCGCAUGCUGCCACAUUACCAGCAGGACUACCAGCACAGGGACUUGGACUACCAACACAGAGAUAUAGACUACCAGAGAGGUCCACCAGGAGGAGUAGGAGUCCCUGACCUCUGGGCUCCACAGCCUCAGGUCUCCUCCUCGUUGGAGUCCUCCACGUCCAGCCAGGAGCACCUCAACUUCUCCGCCUCCUCAUCCUCCUCCAACAAAACCCUGAACCAGAAGACCGGGCCGGGUCGAUGGAAGACGCCAAACGCCCCUCACUCCGCGCCGCAACAUCCGGCUCAGCAGCCAUCCCGCUCCGACCUUCCCCCUCCCCCGCCCCCACCGCCAGCCCCGUACCCCGACGCCUACGAGCACUAUGAGCCCCAGCCGGAGCUGCCGCUGCCUCCGCCUCCAUCUGCCGUCACCGCCGUAACCGCCCAGCAGGCCGCCGACCGCAAGAAACGAGAGGAGCAGCAACGCUGGUAUGAGAAGGAGAAGGCUCGGCUGGAGGAGGAGAGGGAGAGGAAGAGGAGAGAGCAGGAGAGGAAGCUGGGUCAGAUCCGGGCCAACCCUGUCAUGCCCGUCCAGCCUCAUAACAACGGAGGAUCCAUGCCCCCUCCUCACCACCAGGCCCCUCUGCCCUCUGUGGCCGCCCCCCAGCCUUACCUCCCCCCUCAGCCUCAGCCACAGCCUCCCCCAUCCAGACCGGAGAAGCUGUCCAGCCUGCCGCGCUCGGCUGUUCCUCCCCCUGUCAGUGCCAACCACCCUCCAGGUAUGGAUACAGUGAUCAGGGAGCUCUUACCACAGCAGCAGCCACGCACCAUCGAGAGGCGGGACCUGCAGUACAUCACCAUCAGUAAGGAGGAGCUCUCAACCAGCGACAGCUUGUCUCCAGACCCCUGGAAACGAGACGCCCGAGAGAAGGCCGAGAAACAGCAGCAGCUGCACAUCGUAGACCUGCUGGACAAAGAGAUCCAGGAUCUCCAGGCCAAACCAGAGCGAACAGCGGAGGAGAGCGACCGCCUCAGGAAGCUGAUGCUGGAGUGGCAGUUCCAGAAACGACUGCAGGAAUCCAAGCAGAGCGACGAGGACGAGGAAGAGGAGGACGACGAGGACGUGGACACCAUGAUGAUCAUGCAGAGGCUGGAGGCCGAGAAGAGAGCCAGGUUGCAAGACGAGGAGCGACGGCGUAAGCAGCAGCUGGAGGAGAUUCGUAAACGGGAGGCGGAGGAGCGAGUGAAGCAGGAGGAGGAGAGGAGGUGGAGGGAGGAGGAGAGAGCUAAACGAGAGACCGAGGAGAAGAGGAGACAGGAGGAGGAGUACUACACUCGCCUGGAGGCCGAGCGGCGCCGGCAGCACGACGAGGCCGAGAGAAAGCUGCUGACGCCCGACGACCCGGCCGGUCUGUAUCGGCCCCCGCUGCCCCGGGACUACCAACCCCCCGCAACCCCCCACAACCCUACUAACACCCCCCCGCCCCCCCCACAGAGAAACACCUCCUACCUCAAAACCCAGGUCACCUCCCCCGACACGCUCUACACCGCCAAGUUCGUCUCCUACGCGGGCGACGAGGACGAAGACGAGGAAGCGGGGAGUGGCGGCGGCGGCAGCCAAUCAGGUCAGGUCAAGCUGUCGGCCACCCGGAAGUCGUACGGCGACCUCCCGGCCUCCGCCAAUCACGGCAGGCCUCAGCCGCCGCCCACUGCGCGCAAGCCCCGCCCUGUUUCUGACGGCAUCUUCCUGUCUGGCUCAUUCCAGCCGCCAUUCAACAACUCCAACAGUACAGGUCCCCCCCUUCCUGCAAAACCCAGCUCCAUGCCCCCCGGAGGCUUUAAAGGAUUCAACUCGUACACUGGAAACUCAGCAGGAGUUGUAGGAUCGGGAGAAGUCUACAAGGACCCGCGAGACAAAUGGACGAAGAGUCAGGAGCAGGAGAACUCGAACCCCAGCGGCGCCCCACCGGAGAGUCUGACCUUCAAGGAGCGCCAGCGUCUCUUCUCUCAGGGGAAGGAGGUUUCCAACAAGGUCAAAGCUUCACGCAAACUCAUGGAGCUGGAGAACGAGCUCAACACCAAGUAGUAGACCCCGAGCCUUCAGGGUCCCAGUGCCACCUUAAACACAAACUCCACCCACGGUAAACUUUAAGGUGCUCCUGGGACACACCUCGGGAGGGGUCCAGAGGGCCGGCGCUCGCUUUCCCCCCCAACCACUGACCGUCUCCUCCUGUUUGUGUUCUUUUCCCCCUCUUUUUCUUUUUCUUUUAAUCAUCAAAUAACUGGACCGUUCACUUUGUUUCGACGUAGCUAUCUCGUUGCAAUAGAAGAGACAUUUAUGGCUUAAAUUUCCUUCCCCUCUCGUUAAGGUCUGUCAAAGAUAUAUAAUGAUAAAGCACUGUAAAAAAGUUUUAAUUGUAUCUAGUGAGGAUUUGAGAAUCACACCACAAAGGGGGAUAUAUUUUUGUUUAUAAAAAGGUUCUCGGGGCGAGGGGAUGGAGAUAGUUUUAUUCUCAUUUUAAGUUUUUUUAAAUAGCUCACUGAAAUAUGAACAAUUUUACGAUGUUAUUUUAAGCUCUUCUUCCUCUUCUUUUAUUCUGCAUCAUGAUUUGUUUUCAGUUUUAAGUCCUUCAUGCCAGCAGAUUCGCCCCCCACGGUUCAGCUCCAGACCGGCCCUUCUUCUUUUGAUUCUCUUGUUUUUUAAAGUGAAACUCUCAGUGAGUGGAAACACUGUUCUUUCAUUCCGUAGCAGGAAAGCAUGGGGAUUUUUUUAUUUUUAUUUUGGUGAUGUUUUAGAUGAACUCUGAAAGAUUCUCCAGAGGAGGAUCCAACAGUCCAGAGAAGGAUCUUCAAGUGCACAACAUUACUGUAAAUAUCUGGGUCCACAACUGUCUCACUCUUUUACUACUGUAGAAACCUGCCAGGCUACUAAAAAAAAACUGCAAAACUAAUGUGAUUUAACAGAAAGUUCUGCAAAAACUGGACUGUCCCCCUUGCUGUCAGUGGAGUUAAAUUUUUAAAUGUCCGCCCCGAUGUGAGGUAACUUUGAUUUUACUUUCUUUUAAAUCUAAUAGUCAUUUUUUUGCAGAGUUGUGUGAGAUUAAUUUGACUGAUUGUUCCCUAAAUUCAGCAGAAAGAGGAUUUCUUUCACUCACAAUGUGAUUAAUGUUGGUUUUCACAAUAAAAAACAAACAAAAACUACUCUUUAAGUCCUAGUUUGCUUUACAGAUAUUUAUUUCAAACCUUGUGGGGAAAAAAAAAAAAAAAAUCUUGCACAAAAAAGUUGUUUUUUUUUAUAUUGAAUACGUGUCUGCAAACUGUGUGGAGAAGUGGAUGACAUUUGGGACCUCUCAUACUGUGGUAAUAAUCUGUGAUUCUCUGCGUUAGGCUCAGAGAAGUUGUGUGUUUACACCAGCUGUGAGAUCCAGAGGGAGUCCAGGUGACUGAAUUGUGGUUGUACAAAAUAUAUAUACACACAAUUAACGUUAAACUAAUUCACCAAAACUGAAACACCCUCCAGGAUUAUAAUAGUGACGUUUCAAAUGUUUCUCUCUCUUCUGCGGUUUUGUUCGAGUGACUCCAUCCUGUGUGUGGAUUUAUUUAAUUUCUCUCUGCAGGAGCCUCCACUGAAACCCACUCCACACGAUGAGAUCAGAAGCUGUUAGAAUUACUGACCUGUACAAACACUGCAGACGUGUCUCCUCUCCUCCACAACGACUCCUUUUUAGGUUUCAAAAUGAACUGAAUCAUUUAAAUGGUUUCAUGUUUAGCCUUUUGUAAAUCAUUAAUAAAUACAGAUUUUUCAACA